UUUAGUUUUCUGGCUGUUUUUGGAGAAAUUCUGGUCUCUGAUCAACAUUAGUGGGUGACCUACUGUAUGUCAGGCACAUAUUGGGUACACAGACACUGCUAUAAUGGAGACUCAUCCUUGUCCUAGAAGUCCUAAUCCCUAUGUCAGAAGAAAUGGGAAACAAACCAGAAAAGCAGUGUCUAUAAUCAAAUGUGAUCACUGCUACAAAGAGGAUGAAGCAAGGGUUUGGCCCUUUUGGGGAACAUACCGUGAACGCCAGCUGGAUUGCAGUCCAGGAGCUAGAGAAGCUCGGGCUUGGUGACAGCGUGGACCUGCACGUGUAUGAGAUUCCAGUCGAGUACAAGACGGUCCAGAGGCUCAUCCCUGCCCUGUGGGAGAAGCACAGCCCACAGCUCGUGGUGCAUGUGGGGGUGUCGGGCAUGGCGACCACUGUCACACUGGAGAAGUGUGGGCAUAACAAGGGCUACAAGGGGCUGGACAACUGCCGCUUCUGCCCCGGCUCCCAGUGCUGCGUGGAAGACGGGCCCGAAAGCAUCGACUCCAUCAUCGACAUGGAUGCGGUCUGUAAGAGGGUCACUACGCUGGGCCUGGAUGUGUCGGUGACCAUCUCACAAGAUGCUGGCAGGUACCUCUGUGACUUCACCUACUACACCUCUCUGUACCAGAGUCACGGCCGCUCAGCCUUUGUUCACGUGCCUCCACUGGGCAAGCCGUACAACGCAGACCAGCUGGGCAGGGCGCUGCGGGCCAUCAUCGAGGAGAUGCUGGACGUCCUGGAGCAGUCAGAAGGCAAAAUCAACUGUCGCCACAAACACUAAGAGCCUUUCAGGCCUCCCAAGACCUCAUCCCACUAGGGACCCCGGGAGGGACCUCUGCCCUCCCGGGCUUGGCCAAGGAAGAUAAGCCUGUCAGCCGGGGAUCUGAUCUGGAUCAACGUUCCGACUUAAACACUUCCUCUCCCUUUUUCUCUGCAAAAGGGCUGGUCGAUUUGAAGGAGGUGGCUGGAGACUUUUUCCUCUAUUUCCCUUUGCAUCUGGGGACACAUUCACAACAGCUGGGAAGCUGGUGGGUCCCGAUCUGCACAGAGAACAUUGGGUCGAGUGGAUCUCUGCUCUUUGAUCCCACGUCUGGGCUCACCUGCUCACCUGCUCUGGUGAAGGGAUUCUGGUGUUCCCUCCAUCCCUGAUUGGUUUUUCCCAAACCUAAAAACUCCAUGAAGAGUCUUUGCCUGGAUCCGUGUCCCAAAAGCCGGGAUGACCCCCGAAAGGGCUGCCUGGAGAUACGGCGGGGGCUUUUUCCCCCCCUCUCUUUCUUAUUCUCUUUUUAUUUUUUUUUAAGAUUUUAUUUAUUUAUUCAUGAGAGACACACAGAGAGAGGCAGAGACACAGGCAGAGGGAGAAGCAGGCUCCAUGCAGGGAGCCCAACGUGGGACUCCAUCCCGGGUCUCCAGGAUCACACCCUGGGCUGCAGGUGGCGCUAAACCGCUGUGUCACUGGGGCUGCCCCUCUCAUUCUCUUUUAAAAAAACAAUAGUGCUAGUUUGGGCACAGAGGAGUUUAUAAUCCCUUUGGUUAAAACUUGGCUUUAGCCAACAGCAAAGUGUCUUUUCUUUUUCCUGGGAUGCGACCCAUUGCGCCUCUUCCCCUGAAAAUUGGACCUACAUGUUGUGCUGGAGCUGAUGUCGGUUCCCUUUCCUCAGGGCGGGCAGGGCCCUUGGCCAGGCAGUGUGGGGUGGGAGCUGCUGCCCCAGAUGGUUAAAAAAGGUGGGCUGACCCUUUCAACACCAGAGCCAUGAGCUGUCCCUGUGGGGACCCUGGGGCAGGGCAGCCGGUGGGUCAUUUUGGCACGCACAUGACUUCUUUUUUUUUUUCUAAUAUGUAAAAAUUUGUAGCAGUUGCAACCUACCCCACAUCUGGCCUGGAUUUUUCCAGUCCUGGUGCUGGGGACCAGCUUCUUUCUCUCCUUAAGGGGAGGGGUGCCCAGAAUGGGGCCUGGGGGCUGGAGUUGGCUGAGCUCCAUGCACACUGGCGUGUUUGAGCAGGAGGGCGGUGGAGAAGCCAGUGGACUUCUGUGUAGAUGGUUUUGGAGAUGCACCCAGGACUCAGGAGUAAAUUUUGAUCUCGAUCCCAGGCAACUUUCAGUUUACCACCAGAGAUGAGGGUAACAUCACCCAGGAAGUGACUGGGUUCAGCUGGACCUUGAUACCCAUCGGAGGAAAAGAAUGACAACAGGAACCAUGAUGCCAACUGAGGAAAACACACAUUUUGGAAGUGUUCUCCUAUUUGGGGGAGAAUUAUGGAGUUUUAUCAUUUCCCUAAGUGCGAGGUAUGCUGGAAUGUGAUGCCGUGCCAACAUGAUUGUUGGUGUUACCCAGCAUGCAGUUCUUUCUGAAACAGAUGAUAUUUUUGUUUUGUUUUGUUUCUUAAACAUUCACCUUCUUUGCCUCUUGUUCCGAGGGCCAGGGGAGGUCCCGCCUCUGCUGAGCUGCUGUGUCGCUUGGAGAACUGGGUUGAGGGGUUUCUGAGUUAAAUGCAUUCUCUGGGUCCUGGGUUUUCUCUGGAGGAAGCUGCCCCGAGUGGGUGACUCGGGGUGGGCACUUGGCAGUGGGCAUGGCCUGUGGCUCGCAGGUUGAAAUGAUUAGGACUCUGCUUCUCUGUCCAUGCCAGCCUGCCUUCUGCCAGAAACACCCCUCUCUCAUGUCCCCAGUCUGAGGUUGUAGUCUCCUGAAAAACCUGCUGUGUGGGACUCUGUGAGUGGAGAUUGUGGCUCUUCUGAAUGUGAGGAGCUCAAGGCUCAUGGCGGGGGUCCCCCGGAGGUCUUAUUCAGAACAUCAGGCUUCAUCUAGCUUUGUUCCCCAAAGGUCUGAUCUACAGGGAUGUGAGGAGGAAAUGAAUCCAAGCAAGGGGGGGGACCUGAACAUGAGCCAGGUCUGCCCUUAGCUGGGUACCCACUGGAACCUGGACAUACAUACCAUCCCCAAACUCCACAUUUUCAUCUUUCCUUUGUCUUCAUUUUCCCCUCUAUGUUUAAAGCACCAUAUGAUUCAGAAAUUUAGAGAUAUAACUUAUUGUCUGAUCAUUGUUGAGUGUAUGUGUGUCAUUUGUGUGUUCUUGCAAUGGUUUUAGAUUUCCUCAUCAAGUCAAGCCGGAAUCCUGUCCUUGUCCAUGAUGCAGCCUAUUUCAUUCAUUUUUAUUUAAUCAGACAACCAUUAAACAUUUCACUCACUUCCUGCCAGCUUUUUUUUUUCUUUUUUUUAAGAUUUUAUUUAUUUAUUCACAAGAGAUACAGAGAGAGAGAGAGACACAGGCAGAGAGAGAAGCAGGCUCCAUGCAGGGAGCCCGACGUGGGACUCAUUCCAGGGUCUCCAGGAUCACGCCCUGGGCUGAAGGUGGCGCUAAACCACUGAGCCACCCGGGCUGCCCACUGCCAGCUUUUUAGUUUUCAUUUUCCAGUUUAAAUUUUCCUAAAAUUUGUCUUUUGGCCAAACUCAUCUGUUCUCUCCAUGGUGUGUCUGUCUGCAUGUGUUGGAUCUCGGGACUGAAAUGUCCUCACAUGUAAAGAGAGGACCAAGUCCCAUUCUUGCUCCCCUGUCAUUUGCAGAGUCUCAGGUGGAGGGAGGCACACAGAACGGGGCAGAGGGGUGGGUCUAUGAAGUGGAUGUGGCUUAGCAGGGCAUGGAGGGGAGAGACGCUAACAGGUGGGUGCAGCAAGUGUUCUCCAUAGAAGGUGGAGAAGGAUGGGCAGAGGGAUGUGGUGGGAAGGCUGCUGGGGGAAUCUUGUAGGAAGGUGGAUGGGGGGCCUCUCCCUGGGCCCCCAUGGGAUAUGUUGAGGUGGGGGAGGGCAGCAACAGUCACCUAGGUGUUGGGUGAUGGCAUCUCCUUAAUGGUGCCAGAGCCUCUGCACCUCAUACUUUUCUUCUCUCAGCCCCUUUGACUCCCCCUUGCUUACUAAAGAAAAGGUCCGUGGUAUGUACAUGAGCAUGUAGCUUGAAAAAGAAAUAAGAAGGAGUGGUUAGUAAGAAAGAAAGAAGGGUGGAAAGAAGCAGGAAUUUGAGUUGGUGGACUGGAUUUGUGCCGCCUGGCUCACCUGGUUUGAUCAAGGAACAGCCAAGGUCCCUUGGCCACGGGGAGAGACAGGGACAGGCAGGGGACAGAAAUCACGGCUUCCCAGGUGGUGCCAGGUCUUUGUGGAAAAGUUAGAUUGCAAUAGUGUCAGCAAGGAGAAUAGUUUUCAGCCGCCUUGCUCUGUGCUGGCACGGUAACUUCUAGAACAGAAAGGGCCUGCUCAGGGGGAUGGCUGGAAAAGUAGAUUCAGGAUGCCUUUCUGUUGUCUUAGAAGUUUCUGCCAGGAAGCCAGGCCAGCUGCUGUGUGUGUACACCCACAUGCCUGUGUGCCCCCGGGGGUGACGACUGGGCCUGGGUUGGGAGGGGAGCUGCUCCUGGAAAUCUGCCCACCAUACUGGCCUCUUUUCUGCUGCCACUGUCUAGACUGUUGACCUUUGACCUCUCCACCCCUUGGAGUGUUUAAACCCAGAAGUCCCCUUUGGGGAUAGUGGGACAAAGCCCCAUUCUUCUGCAGGGCCCCAGCCUCCACCCUGAGAGCCGGGGAGCCUGCAGCCAGUGUGGGGCACUGGUUGUCACACACACAGAAGCUGGCCACCCUGGGCCACAGAUCCCACUGUAUACACCUCCUGGGGGAGGGGGGGAGCCGAAAAGGGCCUUUGUUUUUAUAUCCCAAAUUAAAUUUCCCUUCCCAGGGCAUGAGUGCCUCCCAAGGGCCUGGGGCUGCUGGCUGGGAAGGAGAACAUCUCUAUUUUUGCAGCGGGGAAGCACGUUAAUGGCCACCUGCGGAAGGAUGGCUGUUUGGGGGGUAAGGGGUGCGUUUGCCAACAUCCACAUCUUGCAAGUUAAUUCCUGGGUGGAUGCCGAACAUUUCUGCUAAGAGAUUCUGUCCUCCAGUGCAGGGGCCAUUGUCACAAACUGAGUGUCAUGGGCUUCCAGACCUCUGUGGGAGCUGUUCCUGCCCUGAGCUGCUCCUCUCGCCAAAUCCUCUUCUCCCUCCCUCGCUCCUCACCAGGCCUUCCUUUCAGCUGCCCGGAGACCCACAAAGUGCCUGCCUCUCUAAUAAGCAUGAGGCACAGAGAAAGGGGAUGAGAUGGGAAAGAGAGAAGCAACCCCAGGCUCUGGGAGGUGGCCCUGGUCCCCCAGGGCCCAGUCCAGGGUCACCGAAGCCACUCACAGAGGUGGGAUCUAGAGUGAGUGGCUUCUAUGGCUGACACGCUUUGUCUCUAGGGAACCUCAGAGAAAGCUAGUGUGGAAUUGGGCACACAGAGUGCUUCCGAGGCACAUGGCAUCCCCAGAUGCCAAGGAAGCCAUAUCUGGAUCUUGGACAGCAGAGUUGGCUUCCUGCCUGCCCCGGGGGUACCCGACUUGUUUCCGGGGCUCUCUUAACAUCUCAGGUUUCUAGUUCAUCCUAAAUCUCUCUUUGGGAAAAACCUUUCCUACCUAAGGUAACUUUGUUCUCUUGUCCCCCAAGGAGGGCCUGGCCCCUGCACCCUCGAGGUGGCUCCUCCCUGACCCCCCAAGAGUUCCUUUGAGUGCCUUGUCUGAAACCCUCCUGUCUGGGAGCCCAGGCUGGGGAAGGGUCUGUCCUGACUUUGCUGGGGGCUGGGCCCUGGACUUGACACCCCAGAAAGCAAAUAAAACGGUUGAAAUGUGUGA